GAGUCGCUACAGUUUAGUCUCAGUUUGACUCCAAUCUAUUGUUCAGUAUUUGAUUGCUAAGCCUAAGCUUUUCCCCCACACAGCCACUGCCGGUGCUGCAAAACCUUACUGCCCUUGACAGUUCCGUGCGGCUACUUUCCAUGGGGCUGACCAAGCAGUACCUGCGCUACGCUGCCAGUGCCGUGUUUGGAGUCAUCGGCAGCCAGAAGGCCAACAUUGCCUAUGUCACCCUGAGGGGAGGAGAGAAGGGACGCUACGUCGCUGUAGCCGCCUGUGAACAUGUGUUUAUAUGGGAUGUUAGGAAAGCGGAGAAGGUCCUGAUUCUCCAGGGGCAGAAACAGGAAGUGACCCACCUGUGUCCCUCUCCAGAUGGCGUCCAUAUCGCCGUGGGUUACGAGGACGGCGCGGUUCGAAUCUUCAGCCUGCUGAGCGGCGAGAGCAACGUGUCCUUCAGCGGUCACAAGUCUGCGGUCACGGUCAUCCGAUACGACGCGCUGGGCGCCAGGCUCGUGACCGGAUCCAGGGACACGGAGGUGAUUGUGUGGGAUGUGAUCAAUGAGUGUGGUCUCUACCGGCUGAAAGGACAUAAAGACGCCAUCACACAGGCACUGUUUCUGAAGGACAAGAACUUACUGGUCACCAGCUCAAAAGACAGUUUUGUAAAAUGGUGGGAUUUGGACACACAGCAUUGUUUCAAAACCAUGGUCGGCCAUCGCAGUGAGGUGUGGGGGAUGGUGCUGCUGAACCAGGAGGGCAGGCUGCUCACAGGCUCGGCUGACAGUGAGCUCAGGGCCUGGGACAUCCGCUACCUGCAGGGGGGGCAGGAGGUCGGGGAGCCCAGGGUUAAGAAGGUCAAAGGUCUGCUGGAUGAAGAUGACGAGGAAGAGGAAGGCCUGGAUGAGAGCCCGGAGGAGAGAAUCCUCAGCUGUGAGAAAGCUGGAUCUAUUCUGAGAGAAUCCAGAGACAGGGUCGUCUCCAUGACGACUGAUGCAAAAGCCAAGGUUCUGGCUUGUCAUGGUACUGAUACAGUCCUCGAGGUGUUCACUGUGCUCCCACAAGCGGAGGUCCAGAAACGCAGGGAAAGGAAGCUGAAAAAAGCAAAGAAGAAGGCCAAGUCUCAAGGUGUGGAGGAGGCCGUGGAGCCAGUGGUGGAGAGGAAGCUGGGAGAUGAGAUCGAGAGGAUGGCCAACAUCAAAGCUUCCUCCAAGAUCAGGUCGGUGGACUGCCUGCUGUCCCCUAGUGGGGAGAUGAAGGUGGCUCUCCUGCUGCAGAACAACACAGUGGAGACGUACACCCUGAAGGCCACAGAGAAGAGCCCUCAGGCCAACAAGACCGCCCGCCUGACCCUGAGUGGGCACCGUACGGACGUACGCACGCUGGCCUUCAGCUCCGACAACAUCGCCAUGCUGUCUGCCUCCUCCGAGACCGUCAAAGUGUGGAACCGGUCUACCCUACAGGUGAUCCGUACCAUGGCCUGCGAGUACGCUCUCUGCUCGCUCUUCGUUCCUGGAGACCGACAAAUCAUCGUAGGAACCAAGAGUGGAAAGAUCCAGAUCUUUGACCUGGCUUCAGGACGCCUGCUGGAGACCACAGACGCCCACAGCGGUGAGCUGUGGUCCAUCUGCCUCUCUCCUGAUCAGAGAGGCAUUGUGACUGGCGGAGCUGACAAAACCGUGAAGUUCUGGGAGUUUGAGCUUAUCAAGGACCAGGAGGCUGGACAGAACAAGAGGCUGACGGUGAAACACACACGCACACUGCAACUGGACGAGGGGGUGCUGUGUGUGCGCUACAGCCCUGACCAGAGGCUGCUAGCCGUGUCCUUACUGGACUGCACUGUCAAGAUCUUCUACACCGACACUCUCAAGUUCUUCCUCUCUCUUUACGGACACAAGCUCCCCGUGCUGUGCCUGGAUAUUUCUCAUGACAGCGCACUGAUAGCGACAGGCUCAGCUGACAGGAACGUGAAGAUCUGGGGCCUGGACUUCGGGGACUGCCACCGAUCCAUGUUCGCACACGACGACAGCGUCAUGUUCCUGCAGUUUGUUCCCAAAACCCAUCUGUUCUUUACGGCUGGGAAGGACAAGAAAAUAAAACAGUGGGAUGCUGACAAGUUUGAGCACAUCCAGACACUGGAGGGUCACCAUCGUGAGGUGUGGUGUCUGGCGGUCAGCCCCAGCGGUGACUACGUCGUGUCUGCUUCCCACGACAAGUCCCUGCGUCUGUGGGAGAGAACGAGGGAGCCCAUUAUCCUGGAGGAAGAGAAGGAGAUGGAGAGAGAGGCAGAGUUUGAGGAAAGCUUGGCCAAAGGGGAGGAGCCAGUGGUUCCUGGAGAGACCAAAGGGGAGGCGGGGCCAGCAGGAAAGAAAACCAUAGAGACUGUGAAAGCAGCAGAGCGUAUCAUGGAGGCUGUGGAGCUGUACAGAGAGGAGAGUAAGAAGCUGGAGGAGCACAGAGCGGCCUGUGAGGCGGCCAGGAAACAGCUCCCACCUCCAAAGAGCAAUCCCAUCCUUAUAGCCUUCGGGAACAUUUCGCCCUCUCGAUAUGUGCUGGAUGUUAUCAAGAAAGUGAAAUCCAGUGAACUGGAGGUGUCUCUCCUGGUCCUGCCCUUCAGCUAUGUUCCCGACCUGCUGUCCCUCUUCAGCCGGUUCAUCCAAGACGGCGUUGACGUGGAGCUGGUCUGCCGCUGUCUCUUCUUCCUGCUCCGGGUCCACUUUGGGCAGAUCUCCAGCAAUCAGAUGCUGCUGCCCGUCAUCGAUGACCUGAGGAGUAACACCAUAUCCAAAGUGCAGGAGAUCAGGGACCUCCUGGGGUUCAACAACGCGGGCUUGCAGUUCCUACAGCGCGAGAUCGAGGGCAAAGAGGACGUGAUGUUCUUCGCCGACGCAACGGGCCGCUUUGAGGAAAAGAAGAGGAAGAGGAAGAAGAGAGAGAGAGCAGUCCUCACCAUCACCUGAAACCUUCAUCUUUCGUCCCUCCAUCCCUCCAUUCCUGCUGCUGUGUGGAGCAGAUGUGGGCCCAAUAGGCAACUGUUCUGGAUUCAGAUACCUUGUCUGGUGCACUGUCAGAAAUAAAAGUAUAAAAAGUGCCUGAAAAAAUGCUUGUUGCUGGGGCGGUACCCUGUAGGUACAUCAAAUUCUACCCCCAGCCAGCAAUAUAUAAUUAAUUUGUACCUUUUCUUGCUCAGGAAAAUAUACUCAUUUGUACCCAAAUAACACAUUACUGUACCUUCAGGGUACAUUUAUAAAAUGUGAUCUUUGAAGAACAAAAAUGGACCCCGUCACUUUAUUCUGAGAGUGUGUACUGAAAGUUAUGAAAUACUCUGAAAAAGUGGCCCUCUUGGUUGGCUCAGUUGCACCUGGCGAGAUCAAUCAAGCACAGAAACAUAUUUGAAUCCAAAACAGUUACCUAUUUGACCCAUGUCUGGUAUAGAGCAGCAGUCUAUGAUUGCUGUCUGCUGUAAUGUCAUGUACGUUAAAGCACCUCUACAUUUAUAACAUAACAUAAUCUCAUUCUGCCUCCAACCUGGGGCAGCCGUUGAAUUGGUUAAAUUGCCUGCUGAUGCAGUCUUACUAUUUCUGAUGGUUCCUUUUAUUCUACAUAAAAGGACAAACAUGAUAGUACUGAUAUCAUUGUUAUCCCUUUACUAUAUGUGAGAGACCUUAAUGUCACUAUUUUUCUGAAGUGUAUAUUGAUCAGGAGAAUGUUUGUAAUAAAGUAUUACACUGUU